AUGCAUUCUGUCUUCCCGAAAGUCGAUCGAGCGCCGUGGCGGGAAGCCUCUGUGUAUCAGAUUUACCCAUCUUCUUUCAAAGAUAGCAAUGGUGAUGGAAUAGGAGAUAUCCAAGGAAUUAUCUCGGAGCUUGACUACAUCAAAUCCCUUGGGGUUGAUAUGGUUUGGCUGUCUCCCGUUCUAGCAUCUCCACAAAUUGAUAUGGGUUACGAUAUCUCUGACUAUAAGGAUAUCUAUCCUCCUUAUGGUACCAUGGCCGAUCACGAUAGCUUAAUCCAAAGCCUCCAUGAUCGCGGUUUGAAGUACAUCCUGGACCUUGUUGUGAACCAUACAUCGGAUCAACAUCCUUGGUUCAAAGAGGCUCGGUCUUCGAAGAAUAGCAGGUACCGCAACUGGUAUUUCUGGCGACCGGCUCGUCGGGAUCCCAAAACUGGUAAACGGAUACCACCAAACAACUGGGAAUCUUUUUUCAGUACAAGCGCUUGGACUUGGGACGACACCACUCAAGAAUACUAUCUUCACCUUUGGUCAUCUGGACAACCUGACUUGAACUGGGAAAACCCAGAGGUUGUGGCUGCUGUGCACGAUAUCAUAAGAUUCUGGCUCGACCGUGGUGUCGAUGGGUUCCGGAUGGACGUCAUCAACUAUAUUUCGAAAACACCUGGCCUGCCUGACGCCAGAAUCAAGAAGCCAGGCUUUUUGCAGAAGCCCACUGAGCAUUGUGCCUGUGGACCUCGGCUGCACGAAUACCUGCGUGGAAUUGGAUCGAUACUCCGGGAAUACAACGCAUUUAGUGUUGGCGAGAUGCCAGAUGCAGAUCCAGAAGAGGUUCUCAAAGCUGUUGGCCAGAAUCGUGGAGAAUUAGCCAUGGCCUUUCACUUUGACAUAGAUGGGCUCGACCUAGGCACUGAUCACAGAUUCGACCCAGCCGUGUUCCAGCCGACAGCACUAAAGAAUGUCGUCAACAGAUGGCAAACAUUCAUGGCAUCCAACUCAGGUUGGAACGCAUUGCAUAUGGAGAACCAUGACGAAAGCCGAAUAGUCAGUCGUUAUGCUUCUGAUUCUCCUCCCAUGCGAACAAUCUCAGCCAAAAUGCUAGCAAACCACCUCGCCUUCCAGUCGGGAACCCUUUUCAUCUAUCAAGGUCAGGAACUUGCAAUGGUCAAUCUUCCCCGUGAAUGGGGGAUGGACAAAUACAAGGACAUCGAAUGCCUGAAUCACUGGACUUUGGUGCAGAGCUAUUAUCAGGACGACGUAAAAAAGCAGAAGAUGUAUAGAGAAAGAUAUCGGCAGGUUGGACGUGACAACGCACGCACGCCUAUGCAAUGGAACUCUGAAAGUCCAUAUGCUGGUUUCAUGCUGAACGGUUCUACGCGAGCUGAGCCCUGGAUGUCCAUCCACCCUGAUUUUGCUACCUGGAAUGUGUCCAAUAUGCUGGCUGAUUCACAGUCCAGUCUGAACCACUGGCGCAGUGUCCUCAGGUUUCGAAAGAAGCAUGUCGAUAUUCUUGUUUACGGAGGAUUCGAGAUGCUAAAUAUGGAUAUCGAAGAAGAUGUCAUUGCGUAUAUACGUACUGACGGCACUGCUGAUGAAAGUUCACACAGACCGACGAAGGUGUUGGUUGUGACUAGUUUUAGUGGCAGUGAUAUUUGUUGGACCAUUCCCUCCAAGGCACGAGAUAUCCUCCUUGAUAUGUCCGCGGACUCAGGAAAGCCCAUUAUCAAUAUGAAGGGGCUGGUAACCGCCUUGGGCAACUAUGAGGGUGUGAAUGAAUUAACGAUGAAAGAAGGAAAGCAUGCAAUCAGGCUAAGACCAUACCAGACCUUGAUUGCCAUGAUAUAG